GAUAAUAUUUCAUAGUAUUUCUGUUGAAGCAGAUGGGCAGGUUUAAGGCGAACGUUCUUUUAACAUGUGAAUUUGCACCGAACUCCAGUGCAGCGGGACAUGACCUACACAUCAUCUUUAUAUUCCACUUACUCACUUUGCAAAUGUUUGAUGAAUCAAAAUCAAGAAAUAUCUCUUCUUGCAGAUUUUGCUUCUUCCUAGCCUUCUUAUCGAUAUAUAGGAAACUCUUAGUCUGACAGUGUAGCUUAAAUUACUAUCCCAUUCCACACCACUGUAUAAUUUGAAACCUCGCAAAACUCAGACGGAGCUCUAAAUGGAUUCUUCGGACAUAGUCAUAACCUUGUUUCUUAUCUUUCUCAGCUUCCCAAAUUCUGUUUUCCCUCUACAUGAAAAGCCAGUACCUGAAGCAGACCGACAAGGACUGCUAGCAUUUAAGAAAGGUGUAAUUUUUGAUCCUGAAAACUAUCUAAACAAUUGGAAUGAUACAACUCACAUAUGCCAAUGGAAUGGAGUUAGUUGCAGUAACAGCAGCGAAAGGGUGAUUUCACUUUAUCUCAAGAAUAAGUCUCUUCAGGGAACAAUAUCACCAUUUCUCGGUAAUCUUUCUUCCCUUUGGCAGCUUGAUCUGUCAGAAAACUCACUUCACGGAUCGAUUCCAAUUGAACUUGGAUUGAUGACCAGCUUAGAAGAAUUUAGUAUCCGUUCAAACCAGAUUCAAAAUGAAGUACCCCAGAGUUUUGGCCUGCUAAAAAAACUUCGAUACAUCGAUCUAAGCUUAAAUAAGCUAGGAGGGAGACUUCCACAUUCUCUGUUCCACAAUUGUACUUCAUUGGAAUAUAUAGACCUUUCUGAGAAUAAAUUCCUUGGUUAUAUCCCUUCAAAUGUAGGAAACCAUCUGAAAUAUCUCGAGACACUGUUUCUCUAUCUCAACCAACUGAUUGGGAUUAUUCCAACCUCUUUGUCCAAUUCGUCUCACUUGAAGGAACUCGAUUUAGGAUCCAAUUUUCUUACUGGUGCUUUGCCGUCAAAGAUUGUACAGCAAAUGCCUUUGUUGGAGAUACUAAAUCUUUCAGGUAACAAUCUCGAGAGUAACGAUGGCAACACAAAUCUCACUCCUUUCCUCACUACCAUUGCAAAUCUUACUCAUUUGAGAGAGCUUCAACUAGCUGAGAACAUGCUCAGAGGUGAAUUUCCUUCGCGAAUCAGCCAGUUCAAUAACAAUCUUUCGCUAAUUCAUCUUGAAGAGAACUUUUUACAUGGUUCAAUUCCGUCAUAUAUAGCUAAUUUCUCUAGUCUCACGCUAUUGAAUUUGUCUAGCAACCUCUUACAUGGAAGAAUUCCUUCAGAAAUAAGUCAUCUUGCAAAGCUAGAAAGGCUGUUUUUGUCAAAUAACUCAUUAGAGGGUGAUAUUCCAUCUGUGCUUGGUGACCUGCGUCAUUUGGGAUUGUUAGAUCUCUCGAGAAACAAACUCUCUGGUCCAAUCCCAUCAUCUCUGGCAAAUCUAACACUGCUGAGAGAACUCUACCUCCACCAUAAUUCCCUCUCGGACACUAUACCUUCAACCUUAGGAGGAUGCAUAAGUUUAGAUAUUCUUGACUUCUCUUAUAACAAGCUAAAUGGAAAAAUACCAGCAGAAGUUGCAGGGUUGAGAGAUAUUGGAAUUUACUUCAAUCUUUCAAACAAUUUACUAAGUGGCGAAUUGCCAACGGCGUUGAGCAAAAUGGAAAUGAUUAAUGCCAUAGAUCUUUCUUCCAACAAUUUCAAAGGUGAGAUUCCACCAAAUUUGCUCAACUGCGAAGCGGCCGAGUUGAUAAAUCUUUCUCACAAUGCUCUCCAAGGCUCGAUUCCUGCUUCAUUGGGAAAUCUGUUGAACCUUAAAAUCUUGGAUCUCUCACAUAAUUCUCUUUCAGGCCAAAUUCCAGAGUCAUUCAGUGAAUCCACGAGUUUAGUGCAGAUAAAUCUUUCGUUUAAUAACUUAAGUGGAUUACUUCCACGAGGUCGUCUCUUUAAUUCCUUGAGAUUUGAAUCAUUUCAGGGCAACAAACAUCUCUGCCUCCAGUUAACUGACUUCCAGAGUUGCCUCCAAAAUAGAGAAUCCAAACUACAUUCUCUCAAAUUCUUGAUCUUGGUUGUCACCGUUCUCUCUACGUCUGUCUUCUUUCUCACUCUUUUUUUCGGCUUAAUCUUCAAGACGAUAAAAGGUUUUACAACUAGAAGCUCAAACAAGAUCAGGAAUAAUUUCACACUCUCCUUAACAUUGCCCCAUCCAAGAGUAACUUAUAGAGAAAUUCUAGAGGCAACAUAUGGUUUCGAGCAAAGUCAAUUAAUUGGGUUUGGGAGCUCCGGGUACGUUUACAAAGGGAUUUUAAGAGAUAACACCGUCGUGGCAGUUAAAGUUCUAAGAUUUCAGCCAGGAAGUUCUACCAAGAUCUUCGAUAGAGAAUGCCAAAUGCUGAAACGGAUUAGACACCGAAACCUAAUGAGAAUUAUAACUGCCUGCAGCCUUCCUGACUUCAAAGCUUUGGUUCUUCCAUUCAUGGCUAAUGGAAGCUUAGACAGUCACCUUUACCCAACAUCACAAAGUGUGGGUUCUCCGUUGGACCUAAGCUUGAUUAUUAGAGUGAAUAUAUGUAGUGACGUAGCCGAAGGAUUAUCUUACUUGCACCAUCAUUCUCCCGUUAAAGUCAUUCACCGUGAUUUGAAGCCCAGCAACAUCCUCCUUAACAAUGACAUGACUGCAUUUGUCUCGGAUUUUGGAAUCGCAAGGUUAGUUAAAACAGUUGAGGAAGUAAAUUUACCAAAUGAAGAUACUUCUAGCUCGACCAUUAACUUAGUGUGUGGCUCGAUUGGGUAUAUUGCACCAGAAUAUGGACAGGGAAGAAGUGCAUCAACAAAGGGUGAUGUUUACAGCUUCGGAAUUUUACUUUUGGAAAUAAUAACCAGAAAGAGACCAACAAAUGAACUGUUUAAGGAAGGAAUGAACUUGACACAAUGGGUAAAGAACCAUUACCAUGGAAAGCUAGGGGAGAUUAUUGAUCAAACACUACUGAUAGCUGCAAGCGACCAGAGUUCCGAAGUUAAGAACAUGUGGGAGGUCGCAAUUAUUGAAUUAAUUGAACUAGGUCUUCUUUGCACACAAGAAAAUCCUUCUACAAGACCUACUAUGUUAGACGCUGCAGAUGAUUUGGACAGACUCAAACGGUUUCUCGCUGGUGAUACUACAAUGACAUUUAUACCAUCUAUAGGAAUUUCAUUAUCUAGCGCCAUAGGAGGAAACACAGAGUAGGUCUCAAAGAGAGAGAGAGAG